AUGACAGAAAAAGUUCAUUCAUCUCUUUUAACAUUACCAGUCGAAAUUGUGUAUCGAAUCUUGGAUAAUUUAGAUGAAUUUACAAUUUUAUGUUCUGUUCGUGAUGUUUGUCAUCGAUUCAAUCUAAUUACAGAUACAUAUAAUCGAUAUCAAUUAUUCACUACACUUGAUCUAAGCAAUUAUCAGUUGCAAGAUCAGGAUAUACAAUGUCUCGUCAAAACAUUGCCAAAUAAUACCACGUUAACUACAAUCAAUAUUGGUAGUAACACAAAUCAAGAUGGUUUAAUUGUUAAAUUAAUCAAUGCUCUUAAAAACAAUAAAACACUUACCACACUGGAUAUUAAUUGUAAUUCUAUUAAAGAUCAAGAAGCACAAGAUCUUGCUAUUUUGCUUGAAAAUAACAAAGUAUUUUGA